AUGAAUCGGAGAUAUAAGGACAGACCCGAGCAAAGAGAUGAAGGACCGCUCAUUCACAUCGGUAAGUUUCUUCAUCCCUGUACUAACGACGGUUAUAACGUUGCCGUCUUAGAGAGCACCAACAGAGAUCUUGUCCCCAAGUUUAACUCUCCUGUGUAUAAUGACAAAGGAGCAGACGUUGGAAUCAUCGACGAGGUCUUUGGCCCCAUCACAGGCUACUAUUUCACAGUAAAGCUCCAUCCUAACGUUACUCCCAAGGGUUUCGCUGUUGGCCAGUCUUUUCAGAUGCGCGAGGGACGAACAAUGCCUCUGAGUCGCUUUACGAAUCCGCCUCCGCCUCCUCAACGUCAAGCUAAGCAAGGUGGAGCUCAAAAGCGACCCCAAGGAAAGCCAGCUGGGAAGCCGGGUAAACCAAACGAUAGAAGACGUGAUAGUAAGGGGCCUAAUCCCUUCAGUUUCACACGAGACGGUGGAAACCCUUCCCGCGACAGGCAAGGGCCGCGGCCUGGUAGCGGGGUUACACGCAAUCGCUUUUCUCAUGGUAGAGUGUAA